AGCAACACAGUGUGUUCAAGCCAGCCAGGCAAGUUUAUAACACCAGUUUUAAUUUUCACGUCUCACUCUACGGUCGUUUGACGUGCCACUGGCACAACAUAAAUAGCAAGUGACAAUUAAGCAAAUGUUGCCGGCUCACAUUUUUGCUUCAUAAAUCACAACAACACAACACGCACGGCUCGAGCUAGCUGAGUACUCGACCUUGGCGAUAAAUCGAUUUGUGGAAUAGUUGAACGGACCCAUCAGGAACCUGAAUGUCUCGCGGCGUCUGCUGUUUGGGCGCCCCGCUCUCCUCCAUGGCUGGGAGUUGACGCCGACCGUCGCGAUGAUGCUGCGCGAGCAGCUGAGGGAGAAGAUCGCGGCGGCCUUCUACCGCCACGGGCUGUUGUGCGCCACCUACCCGGUGCUCAUCAUCCUCUUCACCUCAGUCAGCAUCCUCGCCUGCUGCUAUCCAUUACUGAGGCUCCCCAUCCCCGGCACGGGCCCUGUGGAGUUCAGCACGAGCGUGCGGGACUACAGCGUUCCUUCCCACGAGCCUCAAGGAGACCUCGGUGAACAACCUGACUGGUACCAGGGACCUCCGGUGGCCUACAUCCAGCAAGUGUUGCUGAAGGCGGCGGUGUCGCCAUGGGACAACAGCCUGGUGCCGGUGGACGUCUUUCGCUCGCCGCUGGGGCGAGUCUUCGGCCUGUUGGACGAGAUCCGCAACCACGUGCACGUCGACAGCUCGGGCGUUCGCAGCCUGGAGUCGCUUUGCCUACAGGUGAGCGACCUGCUGCCGGGUUUGCGGCGGAUGCGCCCGGUGCUGCCGGAGCACGGCUGCCUGCUGGUCUCGCCCGCCAAUUACUGGCAGAACCAACGCGAACUCUUCGACGCCGACCCCGACCCCUUGAAGACCAUCCAGAAGCACGAGCCCAAAGGCCUGCACACCUCGGCCACGCUCAGAGACCUUCUGUUCGGCGUUCCCGGGAAGCUCACAGGUGUCGGUCAAUACAACAAGAAGCGAGUGGUGACGUACACCAUCAGCAUGGUGCUGGCCACCUAUGACGCAAGGUUCCUGAGCAGCCUUCGCGCUCAUUUGAAGCAGCUGCACCCGUCCACCAACUGCAGCCUGAAGAACGAGCGCAUGGUCCACGUGCAUUUCAAGGAGGAGAUCGGCGUGGCCGAGCUCAUCCCGCUGGUCACCACCUACAUCAUCCUCUUCGCCUACAUCUACUUCUCCACCCGUAAGAUCGACAUGGUCAAGUCCAAGUGGGGUCUGGCUCUGGCAGCUGUGGUUACCGUGCUGAGCUCGCUGCUCAUGUCGGUUGGCCUGUGUACGCUCUUUGGCCUCACGCCCACUCUCAACGGAGGAGAGAUCUUUCCAUACCUGGUGGUGGUGAUUGGUGUGGAGAACGUCUUGGUCCUCACCCAAUCUGUGGUGUCCACACCGGUUGAUCUGGAGGUCAAGCUGCGCAUCGCUCAGGGCCUGAGUAACGAGAGCUGGUCCAUCAUGAAGAACAUGGCUACCGAGCUGUGCAUCAUCCUUAUUGGAUACUUCACGCUGGUGCCAGCCAUCCAGGAGUUCUGCCUGUUUGCCGUGGUGGGUCUUGUGUCCGACUUCUUCCUGCAGAUGUUCUUCUUCACCACCGUGUUGUCCAUAGACAUCCGCCGCAUGGAGCUGGCGGACCUGCAUGGGCACAUGCGGACCAUGGAGAGCCUGCCGGCGCCCAAGCCCUCCCCUCUGCGAUCACGGUCGGCGCCGUCUCCGCCGAGGCCGCCUCCUCACACCGUCACCCUGCAGACCUCCGCCAAGAACCUGCGUGCUCCCAAGAGGCUGCGACUGGUCUACUUCCUGGCACGUACGCACCUGGCUCAUCGCAUCAUUAUGGUCAGCACGGUGAUCUGGAUCGGCAUCCUGGUCUAUACCGACCCGGCCGGAGUGCGCACCUACCUGGCCGCGCAAGUGUCGGAGCAAAGUCCCCUGGGAGACGACGACGGCGGCGGCGGUCUGAACCCCUACCUGGAGGUGGCGCCCAUUUUCCGCGGAGGAAUCCCGACCGGCACCCUCACUGACCGCCUGACGCCGGACCCGACGCCCUUGCCUGACAGUCAAGUGCAGGACCUGGCGGGCUCCAAGGCGGAACCCGUCCCACAGUCUGCUGCGGCCGCACCCCAGAUCACCUGGGGGACUGAAGACGAGGAAGGAUGGAGGAGACUCUCCUUCAGGCACUGGCCUUCACUCUUCAGCUACUACAACAUCACUUUAGCCAAGAGGUAUAUCAGCAUCUUGCCUGUCAUCCCCGUUGCCAUUCACCUGAGCCCUCAGGAAGCCAUCGAGGGGCGCCACCCUCAGGACACGCAACACCCUAUGCCGCCCAUUCCCAAGGUGGCGGCCGACCUCCAGACGGACCUGACGCUCUACAAGGUGGCGGCGCUGGGCCUGGCGGCCGGCGUCCUACUGGUUCUUCUCCUUCUCUGUCUCUACCGGCUUCUCUGCCCGCGAAACUACGGCCAGAACGGCGGGCGCCGGCGCCGAGGGGACCGGCCUUGCGACGGCUAUGGAUACUGGCCGCCCGUCAGCGAGAUCUCGCCGCUCCUGUUGCGGGGUCACAGCAUGGACAUUGAGUGUCUGGCCAGUGACGGGAUGCUGCUGGCCAGCUGCUGCUUGGCUGGACAGAUUCGUGUUUGGGAUGCUCAGACAGGAGACUGCCUGACCGUCAUCCCCAAGCACGGGUUGAGGCGGAACAGCAGUCGGGAGUGCAUCCUAAACUUUAGCUCCGAAGAACCCGACCCCUCCCUGAGCGGCGACAGCAUGUCUGAGGACGAGGGCUACCAAGUGAGGCACCGCAUCACGCCAAGCCGGCCGCCACUCUUCAAAGACCAGCCGGACCUGACACCGCUCAUCGAAACCAACUUCACCUCCACGCCGGCUUGCCCCCCCACGUCGUGGCCCCUCAGGGACGGUUUUGACUACGGUGACCUUGUGGCGGACGCCUACACGGCGCACAAGCCGCCCUCGCCGUCUAGCUUCUUCUGCCCCUCCUCAUCCUCGCCGUCCUCCUCCAGCGCGCCUCCUCGCAGCCGCACAAAGCCGAGCUUCGGGGACGCCUACGACAUGACGGCCCCGGACUUGGGCGGUGGCGGCGGCGGCUCCGUGUGGGCGCUGGAGCUUAGGGGGAAUCUCAUCGCCGCUGGGCGGAGCAAUGGAAAACUGGAGCUGUGGGACACUGCUGAUGGCCGCCUGCGGUGCACCAGUGAGGGCACCUCCGGCAUUACGGCGCUGGCCUUCCUCAACAACAGAAUUGUGGCGGCGCGUCUGAACGGCUCUCUGGACUUCUUCAGCCUGGACGUCAACAAACCUCUCGCUCUGCUUCAGUAUCGAGGCCCUCCCUGCCUGGCCGGCGUCCCCACGUCGCCCUGCUACAGCAGCGAGGACGCCAUAAGCUGUCAGCUGACGCGCUCGGUGCAGUGCGCCCACCAGAAGCCCAUCACGGUGCUGAGGGCCGCCGCCGGCAGGGUGGUCACCGGCAGCCACGACCAUACUGUGCGAGUUUAUCGUCUGGACGACUCAUGCUGCCUCUUCACACUGCAGGGCCACUCGGCAGGCAUCACCUCUGUCUACAUCGAUGAGACAAUGGUCUUGGCGAGCGGAGGCCAGGACGGCGCCAUCUGCCUGUGGGACGUCCUGACGGGAAACCGCGUCAGCCAUGUUUACGGUCAUCGUGGCGACGUCACCUCCCUGGUGUGCGCGCCGUUUUGCAUUAUCAGCUCGGGUUUGGAUGACCUGAUCUGUGUAUGGGAUCGGAGUACUGGCAGCAAACUGUACUGUAUACAGCAGGAGGCCGGCUGCGGUUCCAGCCUGGGUCUGAUCUCGGACUCUCUCCUGGUGACUGGCGGUCUGGGCUGUGUCUCCUUCUGGGACUUGAACUACGGAGACUUGAUCCAGACAGUCUACUUAGGUCCCAGUAGUGACGGUCAGGGCGUGAGGCAGCUACUUGUCCUCAACAACGCUGCCAUCGUUUGCGACUUUGGCAGCGAGCUCAGUCUGGUCUUCGUACCGUCGGUUUUGGAGAAACUGGACUGAGAUCUGAUCUUUGACGCCCUGUAUGCUGCUUGACCUGGGAAAAAUCAGCCCAUCCUCACAGAAAGACAGAACUGUUUUUUGAGAAACCUCGCUGCCUCGUUCACGUCAUGUGCAAACAUGUGACCUGCUGCCAACUAUGUUCACCUCCAAGGGGUGCUGUUUGUUAUGUAUAACAACUAUUUAUUAGCGGUACUUGAGCUCUUAUGGAACUUGGGAGACAACCUGACUCAUCAUUUUUCAUUUAGCGUUGUGUUUACAAGCUAUAACAGACUUGUUUGUGCGAUGCAUACGUUACACGCACAACUUGGUAAGCUGCAUGAGAUGCGCAAAAGGACCUUUCACACUGGAUUUGGCAAUGCACUGUCAGCAGCGGGAAAAACUUCCAGAGUUGAACGCGGCGCAGGUUUGGUUUACAUUUCUAACAUCUAACUUACUAAGUUGCGCAUGUGAGAUAAGAAAGUAACGUACUGAGUUGUGUGUGAGAGAUACAAAUACUGCUUCUUCGUCCUUUUAGCGCAGGAGUGGGCAAAGUAUGGCUCGCUCGCUUUUAUUGGGUCCACCCAGCACUCAAGUAUGCAUUUGAUGCAUGUACUGUUCGUUCUAAAAAAAUAUAUAUUCAUGUGCGAGCCAUCCUCUGUGCUUUUUAAAAAUGAAAUGCCUACCCCUGCGUUAAAGUUUUGCUACUGAACUCUCUGGACCAAAGCAAAUGUAGAAUAAGAAUGUAUUUUCACACACUAAUCUAUGGCUCUUUAGGCACUUUUAUGUUAGUGUUUUGAUUUCCUCCAUGUGACGUCAGACAACUUCCGGGUGUUCACCCCAAGAGGAAACUAUUCCGUCGAGGCAGAAAACCUUGUACCCGUGUCCCUCAUUGGGUGGCUGUGUGUGCUAAAGUAGUGGCAUAACUUAUUGAUAUGUUUUGUAACACAGGACUUUGUACUAAUUUUCCAAAAUAAAGACACUGAUUAGUGUUG